CGUCAGCGUCAAGGCUGUUUGCUAAGUCUCGAUGUUAGCGGGUUUGAUUAGUGAUGCCUGGAGACUCAGACCGGCGCAGUGGAGCCCGGAGGAAGCGGAUUGACGGUCUGCAGGGCGGCGGAAGUUCUCCGCAUCCUCAGCUGUAAACACACCGAGACUCCUCGGACAGGAGAACACCUGUCUCCAUGGUAACGCAGCAGCCUCAGCUGCCAUGUCCUCCUCCGUCUCCGUGUUGACGUCGGCCGCUUGCAGCCAGGACGCAGUCGCCGCUGCUGCCGCCGCCGCCAUCCUGGCCUCAGAGCGCUACGCCAGCCUCAUCCUGGCCCAGAUGAACAAGAUGCGUCUCCGCUGCGACUUCUGCGACGUGGGGCUCAGAGUGGGCGGGCGCGUCUUCAGAGUCCACCGGCUGGUGCUCGCCGCCAGCAGUCCCUACUUCUCCGCCUUGUUCUCCGGCGGGAUGCGGGAGGCGGAGAAAGACGAGGUGCAGAUCAUCGGCGUGGACACGGGAAUCUUUGAGAUUCUGCUGGACUUCAUAUACACAGGGGCGAUCAGUGUCAGCGUGGAGAAUGUUCAGGAGCUGAUGGUGGCCGCCGACAUGCUGCAGCUGAUUGAGGUGGUGUCAAUGUGCGGCGAGUUCCUCAAGGGCCACAUGGACCCCUUCAACUGCGUGGGCAUCUUUCAGUUUCUGGAGCAGAUCGCCUACAUGGAAAUGCUGGAAUUUACCGAGAACUACAUCCACGUUCACUUCCUGGAGGUGUGCGUCACGGACGAGUUCAGAGGCCUGUCGAAGGACCAGCUGGUGAGGCUUCUGCGGAGCGAGGAGCUCAGGAUCGAGGACGAGUACCAAGUGUUCACGGCGGCCAUGGACUGGGUCCUGCACGACGUGGCCAAGAGGAAAAAACACGUCGUCGAGGUGCUGGAAGCCGUCCGCUUCCCUCUGCUCUCCCCUCAGAGACUCUUCAAGUACAUAGAAGGUAUUACCGACUUCAGCCUGCGGGUGGCACUGCAGACCCUGCUGAAGGAAUACACUGAGGUCACAAAGUCUCCCAAAGAAAAUAAGCUGCACAGUCAGCUCCAACCAGCAAAGACGAGACCCAGAAGGAAAGCUAGGAAGUACCUCUACGCAAUAGGCGGCUACACCCGGCUGCAGGGCGGCCGAUGGAGUGACAGCCGAGCGCUGAGCUGCGUGGAGCGCUUCGACACCUUCAACCAGUACUGGACCACCGUGUCGUCUCUGCAUCAGGCCCGCAGCGGGCUGGGCGUGGCCGUCAUGGAGGGCAUGAUCUACGUGGUGGGAGGAGAGAAAGACUCAAUGAUUUUUGACUGCACAGAGCGAUACGACCCGGUGACGAAGCAGUGGGCCGCCGUGGCGUCUCUGAAUUUCCCUCGAUGUGGAGUUGGCGUGUGUCCCUGCCACGGGGCGCUGUACGCACUCGGUGGUUGGAUCGGAUCGGAGAUCGGGAAAACCAUGGAGCGAUACGAUCCGGAGGAAAACAAGUGGGAGGUCAUCGGGAGCAUGGCGGUUCCCAGAUAUUACUUUGGGUGCUGUGAGCUACAGGGGUUAAUCUAUGUGAUUGGUGGGAUCAGCGAUGAAGGAAUGGAGCUGCGCUCAGCAGAGGUUUACGACCCCAUCUCGCAUCGUUGGAGCGCCCUGCCGGUGAUGAGCCAGCGUCGGGCCUACGUGGGCGUGGCCUGCCUCAACAACUGCAUAUACGCGGUGGGAGGCUGGAACGAGGCACUGGGCGCUCUGGAGACGGUGGAGAAAUACUGUCCUGAGGAGGAGAAAUGGGUGGAGGCGGCCCCGAUGUCCACGGCGCGCGCGGGCCUGUCGGUGUCGGCCGUCAACGGGCUGCUUUACGCGGUGGGCGGACGCGCCGCCAGCAGGGACUUCUCGGCGCCCAUGACGAUGGACUCCGUGGAGAUCUACGACCCGCACCUGGACACGUGGACCGAGGUCGGCAACAUGAUCACCAGCCGCUGCGACGGCGGGCUGGCCGUCCUCUGACAGCCGCCGCUUUGAACUGUGAACAUCGUGGGAGGCAAAGGAAACUGUGGAAACGUUGCACCUUAAAACUCAAAAAAAAAAAAAGAAGAGGGUUGAUGUUGUUUCUACAGGUCUCCUUUUUAACUGCACAGCUCUGGAAAGUGCCAAACCGCUCUUCCUAUCUUCAGUAAGAGUAAAUCAUUUUACUUGAAACAGAGAGUGACAUCAACCGUGUUGUACGAACUUUAGACAGGGCUGACAAGGGCAGUCGCCCAGGGCACCGAGUUUUGGGGUGUUCUCAUUAUUCCCCCCCACAGGGGCGCCCCAAACAUUUAGGGUGUUUUUGUAAUGAAUGCAUGUUUUACAAGCAUUGUACCUUAUGUAAAACUGGAAGGCCCAUAUGAAGUGCAUAUUGGUACAUUUUUAUUAAUAUAUACAAUAGUCAAAUAUUUCAAAAUUUUGAAGUCAUAGCACAUCUUUUUGUGACAUUUUACACCAUUUGCUGAUGCACCUGUUAAUGUACUGUAAUUUGCAUGAGUCUAAUUGUUCUCUCUUUUUUUUGGAUAAGGCACCAAAACUAGCCCUAUUCCAGGGGCCCUGAUCCUUCAAAAUCCGUCCCUGCUGAUCAGAUGAAGCAGUUUUUUUCUUUCAUUAGCUUCUUGGUCUCAGACUUGGAGGUCAUCACCGUUUUGUGGUUUCUGUUGUAUGCAGUGCUUCUACGACGGCCGACAGUGAAACCUUUGGUUGUUCUUAGCGUCUGGUUCAUUUGUUACUGGAAACUUGAUGGAGGAUGGUCUCUCUAUUUUCACUGGAUGAUUAUUUGUACAUAAUCCUACUGCAAAUCUUUAUUAUUUAUGUUUACUGCAGUCAUCGGUGGGCGCCGUUACAUUUCCAACUCUGAUUCUGACAUAGCCAUUAAAACCUUUCCCACAAUCUGUCACCUUAACACCAAAAAACCUUAGUCCAUCUUAUUUACUGGAAAUGAAAGAAGAGGUUGCAUGCACAUGUAGAGACUGACAUUUUUACAAAGUAGCUCCAAUUCAGAUUAGGCGGAAAGCGUCUAUCAACACAAAUUCUCCAAGUCUUGCCGCAUAUCAUAUGAGUUGGAAUUAUGCCCGGGGUUUGACUAGGACAUGAAUUGUAUUUGUUCUAAACCCUUCUGUUGUUGCUCUGCCUCCAUGUUGUGGUUUUCCUGCCAGAAGGUGAAGAUUCGCGUCACCAAUUUCAUCCAGCUUCCUGUUCCUGCUGAAGAAAGGGUUUCCCCACAGCAUGAUGAUGCCACUGUGCUCCACGGUGGAUAAGGUGCGGUCAGAGUUUUCUCUUUAACAAAGCGGGAUUUGUAAUUAGGAAUGCACCAAAGGAUCGAUCGGUGGUCCGAUUUUCCUAAUGUUGGGUGACCAGUGAUUGGCUGAUGUGAAACCGAUGUUACCUGCUUAUGCAAAGGUCUGAAAAUCAGCCACUGUCCCUUUUGCUCUGCCCUGACCGACAGACUUCGCCCACCGGGUCACGACUGAAUUUUUCCAGUUAGCAGUAGUCGCCUCACUGUUACUAACUUAAGAGAAUUUGUCGCUAUAUUUAACGACUUAUCAGACACACCUCCAGCAACUUCCCCUCACCACCACAAAGCAACUUGUGUCAAAUUUAGCGACUUUAUUCUGACUUAUUGGAGACUUUGGCGACAUUUGAAAGUAGUGAAAAAUGGAAAACUAAAGGAACCGAUUUUUUUUUUUAUUGUAGUUAAUUUAGUAAUUUGAACAGCAAUGCUCAAUUAUAUUUGAGAGCACGUGCAUUUGGAACAAGUUUGCGUGUUCAGAGUUGUUCAUUUAAAUAAGACUGGAGUAUUGAAGUUAUAUAUAAACAAAACAAUUAUUGGUCAAAAUCGGAGUCAGUCUUCCCCGGUCUUUCUUCACCGAGCGCCCACUUUAGAACUACGCACUAUUAUGUUCGUUUGUCACAAAAUGUCUAAUUCACUGCACCAAAGUUUUUGGUUGCAACAUGACAAGAUGGGAGGAAUUCAAAAGGUAUUACGACUUUUUCUGAGACAGUUUCAAAUAAAAAUGAUUUCCGCAUCAAAAUGUUCAACACAGGCGCAUCUCGCCAGAGGUCUUUAAAUGCGUUACGACGUCAGAGCGCUGCUUUUUGCUUCAACUUCACAGUACGUCUCUUUAUCUUCAUUGCCGGUAAUAGGUUCUGCACUUGAACGGUGCUCACAGCUGUAUUUGUCAGGAAAAUAGACCGAAAUGAACAUGGUCAAUACUGUCUGCCACUUUUUUAACAACUUAACAACAGCACUAUGGAAAAGAUAAUAUUACCGGUCAUGAAGAACAUUUGACAGCGCGGGAUAAAAAUGCUACUUUUGAUUUUUUUAAUUAAAGUUGCUCACAAUUUGCAUUGUGAGCAAAUUCUGCUUUUGAAAAUUCUAUAGAUUUGUUAUUGUUUAUUAAUCGUUUCUGUGGAAUCCCUGCUAAGGCCAUUUCAAUAAACAAUUAAUUGCAUGAUAAAUUAAAAUGAGCUUGACAAUUUC